AUGCGCAGACUAUGCAUUGUGGCUGCUGGUUUCGGCGGCCUCCUCGCGGAAUCCGCCGCCGGGCCACUAGCCGACGGUCACCAAACGAGUUCGAGUGCUGCUGAGCUACAUCGGCUGCGCCAUGACAAGGCUAAGUCCGACCAGCGCAGACUCGUGCAGCCACACGGCUCAGUGGAACACAUGACAGCGUCCGAGGCUCCGAGGCUCUCGACAUCAUACGAGACCGACCGCAUGCUCCACAAGAGCGAGGAUCGUGGUGUGACGGCCGAACCGAUUCGGAGUUUCGGGGCGAUCAUGGCGGACUUUUUGAACCGCGGACUCCACCCAAAUAAAAUGUUUGAGGGGCUCUCUCUCCACGAAAAAGUCGCCCGCCCUGGUGAAAUUGCCAUGGACCCUGAUGCCGUGAUCAUGUGGCUGGAGUAUGCCAAAAAGCAUCCUAAUAUGACCAUCAUGAAGGCGCUGGAGAUGCUUACGAGCAAGAGCAAGAGCGAGAUCGAGAGCAAGGACGACUACCGAAAUAACCGCCUUUUGUUGGACGAACUGCUGGUGCACUAUAAGGUCAAGAACGAAAACCCCAUCAUUAACGAGGCACUGAAAUUGCUGAUCAGUGAAAUGGCACCACACGAGUCGAGCUUGGCAAUAAAAGAGUUGGAGAAGAUGGAAGUGAGUUCUCGCGAUCUUUUUGAUCUCCUCGGCCUUAAAGCCAAAGACGCGCUUGCUAAGUCACCAGAAGCAGCAAUAUUUUGGCUCAAGUAUAUUGUGCACGCGGCGUGGGUAAAAACUUACCCACCCCAAUGGGAUGCUAGGCUCAACCCAGACCACUUGUUCCCUAUGGAAGCGGUGAGACUUUUGGUUAAGGGCAGAAGUCCGGGCGAUGUUCAAAAACUUAUCGGUGAGAUUAAGAGUAGCUCAAGGUUAGAGCUUGUCGAAAUCCUCUACUACCUAGAGAAUCCAGCAACAGUAGAGGCGGUGUUGCGAUCUGCGAAACAAAAGAAGGGACCGAAAAAAAAAGCUAAGAAACGUGGGAAAAAGUGA